AUGCGGCUCCUCUCCCUCUUCGCGCUCGCACCCAUUGCGUUCGGCCUCGCAUCACGGCAUCUCGAGGCCGGCGACGCGCCCCAGACAUUCGUUAACACUGCCAUUGCGCGCACCGUCGAGCUCGGCGGCAGCACUUCGCUCGUCACCACACAGUACAACGUAAAGGCCCUCGUCGACAACCCGGGAGAGUACGUUCUCGCGCUUUCUGGUGCAGAAGGCGAGGCACCCGCAUGGUACGAGGUGCUUGUUGGCGGCAAGGCCGUCGAGGGUGUGGUUGUUGAGAGCCUUGGAGACGUCCCCGUCGCGCUCGUGCCCGUCGGUGACCUCAAGAAGGACGACACGGUGACCAUCUCGCUCAACGCCAUCCUUGCGUACCAGAGCCGCCCCCUGCCCGUCCAGAUCGAGCAGCGCGACCCCCAGUUCCUCGUUUGGGAGACCAACUCUACCCUCGUGGACAGCGCGUACCCUUCGGAUGUCGAGCGUAUUAAGAUUCGUUCGCCCACCCCUCAGAUCCUCACCCACGGCGACGUCCCCAAGGCGUACACUCGCGACUCUGACGUGACCAAGUCGGGCGCCACACUCACCCUCGGCCCCUUCCAUGCCGUCCCGGCCACUAUUGGCACCGGCAAGGUCGCUGAGCAGGCUCCCUUCUAUGUGCACUACGAGUCGCGCGACCCCAUCAUUGGCAUUCGCACUCUUCGCCGCGCCGCCGAGGUGUCGCACUGGGGCAGCAACCUCAACAUUCAGGAUGAGGUUGCGCUCAUGAACGACGGUGCCGAGCUCAAGGGCCAGUUCUCGCGUCUCGCCCACCAGCAGUCCAAGUACCACGCUACCAAGCCCGCCCAGGUCCUGAGCGAGUUCACCCUCCGUCUCCCUCCCUCGGCCCACUCGGUCUACUUCUACGACAUUGUCGGCAACGUUUCGACUUCCCACUUCCGUCCUGGCUCCCCCGCUGCCUCCGUUGGCGGCAAGCGCAACAGCCGCCGCGUUGUUGACAGCGUCCUCGAGCUCCGCCCCCGUUACCCCGUUCUCGGCGGCUGGAACUACUCCUUCACCGUCGGCUGGGACAGCCCUCUCAACGAGGCCCUCAGGUCCGACGUCGCUACCGGCAAGCAGGUUCUUGCCGUCCCCUUCCUCACUGCGAUGAAGGACGUUGUUGUUGGCCAGGAAGAGUUCCGCGUUGUCCUCCCCGACGGCGCGACCGACGUCGAGGUCUUCGCCCCCUUCCCCGUCGACUCGAUCGAGCACUCGCUCGUCAAGACGUACCUCGACACCACCGGCCGUCCCGUCGUCACCAUUACAAAGUCGGUCGUCACUGAAAACCACGCCCAGCCCGUGUACAUCACCUACAACUACCCCCUCUCGGCGCAGCUCCAGAAGCCCCUCACCGUGUCGGCCGUCGUCGGCGCCGUGCUCAUUGCGUUCAUGGUCCUCCGUCGUGUGGACUACAACAUUGACAACAAGAAGAAGUAA